UCACUGGUCAUGAGGACAACAACAACACACUCAUUGAGUGACCACAUAAAUCAGAGUUAGUGUAAACAGUCCUUUCCGACUUCCUGAAAUGUGAAAAUAUAUGUCCUCAGCUCACGCAGAACUGUUAAUCUGUUUUCUGCGCGCAAGAUGGUGGUGGGAGAUGCCACCGAGCAGAUCCAUGUUUUCCUCAGCUCACGUGUACCGGGUGCUCGGCAGCGCCCGUCAAGCUGUCGCUAAAGUGAAGAGAGCUUAUUAUGGGAGCUGCUCCUGCUGUCCUAUAUCAACAGCAGCCAGCAUUUCUCCAGUCAUCUCCAGCCAUGGCUCCGAGUGGACGCUGUCAUCUCCGCUGGCAGAGCACGAAACCCUGCGGAAGGCGUUGUUUUUAAGCCAUUCGGAAUGAAGCGAGGAAGGACAGGUCUGAAAUCACAGUGUCAGAUUUUCCCCUCCCUCGGAGAGCGGGCUAAGAGACCGAAGUGGAUGACUCCAGCACAGGACUGGGGGAACCUGCCCCAUCACGUCGUUCUGCAGAUCUUCCAGCAUCUGUCCCUGGUCGACCGGGCCAGGGCAUCAUCUGUGUGCCGGCGCUGGAAUGACGUCUUUCACACCCCUGACCUGUGGAGGAGGUUUGAGUUUGAGCUCAAUCAGCCAGCCACGUCUUACUUACGCUCCACUCACCCUGACCUCAUUCAGCAGAUCAUCAAGAAGCAUGCCCAACACCUGCAGUAUGUUAGCUUCAAAGUGGACAGCUGCACCGAAUCUGCAGAGGCAGCUUGUGACAUUCUCUCUCAGCUGGUGAACUGCACCAUCAAGACCCUGGGGCUGAUUUCUACAGCACGGCCCAGCUUCAUGGAUGUAUCUCAAGCCCAUUUUGUGUCUGCCCUGACGGUGGUGUUCGUAAACUCCAAGUCAUUAUCCUCCAUCAGGAUUGAUGACACCCCAGUGGAUGAUCCGUCCCUGAAGGUGCUGGUUGCCAACAAUAGUGAUACCCUUAAGUUGCUGAAGAUGAGCAGCUGUCCUCAUGUCUCCCCAGCUGGUAUCUUGUGUGUGGCAGACCAGUGCCAUGGCCUCAGGGAGUUGGCGUUGAACUACCAUCUCCUAAGUGAUGAGCUUCUUCUUGCCCUGUCUUCUGAAAAACACGUUCACUUGGAACACCUGCGCAUUGACGUGGUGAGUGAAAACCCUGGCCAGACACAUUUUCACACCAUCAAGAGGAGCAGCUGGGAGGCUUUGAUCCGCCACUCGCCCAAGGUCAACAUUGUCAUGUAUUUCUUCCUGUAUGAGGAGGAGUUUGAGCCUUUUUUCUGCGAGGAGACCCCCGUCACCCACCUGUACUUUGGCCGAGCUGUUAGUAAAAUGAUGCUAGGGCGCAUUGGACUUAACUGCCCUCGGCUGGUGGAGCUGGUUGUGUGCGCCAAUGGCAUUGAGCCCCUGGAUGAGGAGCUAAUCCGCAUUGCAGAGCGCUGCAAGAGCUUGACAGCAAUCGGGCUAGGCGAGUGCGAGGUGACCUGCAGUGGCUUUGUGGAGUUUGUCAAGAUGUGCGGGGGCAGGCUGACUCAGCUGUCAAUCAUGGAGGAGGUGCUGAUCCCAGACAGCAGCUACAACAUGGAGCAGAUCCACAGUGAGGUGUCGAAGCACCUCGGGCGCAUGUGGUUUCCUGAUAUGAUGCCCACCUGGUAGGCUGACAUGAAGCCAGAGCCAUCAACGACGGGCAUUAAACUAUGUUUACAGUUUACAUUUUCAAUAGACAUAACAUUUAGAAAAGGAAAAACAAAAAAUCCAUUUCAAGAUGGCUCCUGACUGGAAAGCCCUGCUUGGAGAAAGACUUUGGGCCAGAGAAGCACAGGCAUA